UCAAAAUUUUGUGUGCAGUCUGCCAAGAUUGACAAACUUUUCCGUGUAAGAAGUUGUGGUACAGUGUUUUUUCGCCUCUUUUGACGCUUCCGUUGACAUGGCAGGUGUCGAGGAGCUUUACAAACAGUUUGGAAUCCUUGCUGAUGCAAACGAGAAAGCUGGAGAGCACGAGGGAGCCUUUCUGCUUAUGUUGGCUGCUGUAAAGGGUUCACAAGCGGAGAAGCGUUUGGCAUCCCAGUUUAUAGCCAGAUUUUUUAAGUUCUUUCCCAAGCUGCAGGAGAACGCAAUAGAUGCUAUGCUGGAUCUGUGCGAGGAUGAAGACAACACAAUCAGACGUCAGGCUAUAAAAGGUCUGCCAGACCUCUGCAAAGACACUCCAGAACACCUUCCCAGAAUAGCUGAUGUACUUACCCAAUUAUUGCAGUCAGAGGAUCCUGCAGAAUUAGCAAUUGUUAGAAAUGCACUCACAUCACUGUUUAAAAUGGAACCAAAAGGAACAAUCGGUGGACUGUUCUCACAAAUUCUCAGUGGAGAGGAAGCAUCCAGAGAGAGUGCUAUCAAGUUUUUAAGUGGUGCUGUGGAAGAGUAUGGCAAGAAAGUGUUACAUCCCUCACCCGAAACUGAAGAGUACUUAGUAGAAGAGAUAAAAAAGGCCAUGGCAGAUGUAACUGGUGAAGAAUUUCGCACAUUUAUGACCAUCCUUUCGUCCUUAAAAGUAAUGGGCAGUGCUCACCAGGAACUUGCAGAUAUAGUUGGAGAACAGGCUGAACUAAGCCAACCAUUCCAGCCUGGAGAUGCUGAUGUUGUUGACAGAUUCAUUUCAUGUGCCAGACAAGCAAUUCCAUAUUUUGUGAAAGGAGCUUCAGCACAGACAUUUUUUACUUACUUUGUCGAGAGUGUUUUACCAAAGCUGAAUGAGCUGGUCACUUCUGAUGGUGAAGACGUCAAGCUAGAGAUGUUGAAAUUGUGUUCAGAAAUGUCACCACAUGGUCUAACAGAUGAAAAUAUAAAAGCAGCUAUAGAACCUGUCUACAACUUGCUUUUGGAAUACAUGCCAUUACCUCCUGGCGAUGAAGAGGAAAAAAGCACAGAAGAAAACCCUGAACCAAAAUUCCAAUUCUCUUACGUUGAAUGCCUUAUUUUUACAUUUCAUCAGUUAGCAAAAAAGAACCCAGAAUUUUUGACUGAUGCAAGUGCCACAGAGCGUCUUAAAGAUUUUCGACUUAGGCUUCAAUACUUUGCUCAGGGCUGUCAAGUGUACAUAAAACAACUAAGACUAUCACUUCAAAGCAAGACUGGUCCAGCUCUUCAAGAGGAGGAAAAUAAAAUUAAAAUUGUUGCGCUUAGGACGACUUCUAACAUCAACGCUGUCAUCAAGGAUCUGUUCCACAAUCCACCUUCCUUCAAAAGCUCCAUUACAUUAUCGUGGAAACCUCCAGCGAAAACACAAACGUCGACACGAACAUCCCCAAAAGACUCGAAAGAAACUGUAGUGGAUGAGAAGCGAAAACGUGCUGGUAUUACGCCAAUCAAGUUCGACCUUCCACCCGAGACUAAGUCACCGAAGAAAUCCAAGCCGAGCACAAUCUCUGUGUACACUCCCCCCGGUCGGCGAGCUGGAGCGUCCAAUGGCGUCGUCAAGGGUCAGACCAUGCCUGACGGUGGUAGGGGUCGGGGAUUUCGACAAGGAGGCCGCAACCGAGGACGAGGGAGGGGCUGGAGAGGUGGCAGAUCUUAGAUUAUUUACUCUAGAACGUCUUGCACACGUGAAGUACAGACACCAUUUUACUGAAAUCAUCUUAAGAUAUUUUUACAGUUGUCAUCCCGAGAAAUUGCAACCAGCUGAGGACUUGGUCCUGAAAGGUUAUUUAUUGAGUAGACUAUUAGGAUUUUAAUAGUUCCUCUUUGGUUUUAAAAGUCUUUUAUUCGAUUUAUGACCUCCAAGGCAUAGUUGUGCCCCUCUAAGAAACAUUCAACACCAUCUUGUUCGAAGUGGUUUUUUUUUUUUCUGGCCAGAAAGCUUUAUAUUACCCGAGAGGUCGUUGACUUCCUUAUAACUCGAGUCGCCCGGAAAGGAAAUGUUUCCUUCGUGCUUGUGUUUGGGGGUCGGGUGAGAGGGGGGGGAGGGGAGGUAGCUUUUUGCAAGGAAGCAGACUUGAAAUGAUGGAAAACGCAAUCUGAAGUAAUGAUUGUAUCUUAUCGAGCAUUACCUUUAUAGAGAGAUACUUGAAUUCCUGUUGUAAAAGAGAUAUUUCUUUGAAAUCUUUCGUUUUGCCCUGUGUGAAACUGAGGACACACGAACUUAAACAGAUGUUUGUCGUUUGCCCGAUCACUCUCAACUAAACAUACCUUUGAGGCUUGGACUCAGCCUAGGUUGUUAUUCAUUAUUUCAUCUGUAAACUCUUCUUACCCGUUUGAAGCAAAGAUCCUGCAGCCUGCCCCAAACGUUUUCAAUGAAAUUGUAAUUAAAGACUCUCAUGUUUCUCUUC